AAAGUCGGUAGUCAUUGGUCAUUACCACAUCAUAUCAUUCGCCAACUCUCUGGAGAGCAGAGAAUCCCUGUAAAAAUGGCGUUUUCUGCUUACGCAGCAGCCACCCGGCCAUCAAAGGCCGAAGUGCUUUCUCUCUUCCGUUCUCUCCUCCGCACGGCGCGCCAGUUUCCCGAUUACAACAUCAAGGCAUACACCAAGCGCCGAACCAUCGACGGCUUUCGCCAUAACCAAAACCUCUCGGAUCCUUCUUCCAUCGCUUCGGCGUUAUCCGAUGGCAAGGCUCAACUGGAAAUCGCCAGAAGGCAAGCGAUCGUCCACUCGCUCUACGCCCCAAGUGUCAGGAGCAUUAUGGAGACGAAUUCCGAGCUCACAUGUUAGGUUUCGGGCUAUUAACUUAUCCCCAUCUUAUUGCCAGUUACAGGUUUCGGACUGAGAGAGGCUUAUUAAUGUAUAAACUUUAUUUAUAAUCGUAACAUGUAGACCAGUUCUUGAUAUUGACCAUGUUUGUGAUUGAUUGAGAGAGGCUUAUCAAUGUAUGCUUUUUACGGAUGAUCGUAAUAUAUAGACCUGUUCUUAUCGGAUGGUUGUUUUGACGUAAGAUACCAGUAUUUGUGUAGGAGGGUUGUAUUAGAGGCUUAACAGUAAACAUAAAACUUUGGGUUAUCCCCUCAAUUAUAAGCCUAUGAGGAGCCAAGAAAAUUGAAUAUUUGUAUAUUGAAAUUCUCGUAGCUUUUAGAAGGAA